AAGUGGUUAAGUGUUGCUAGUUGUGUCGCAUAUAACAAACAAACGUAUUUUAUUUCGUCGCAAGCUUCCACUAACAGAACAAAACUAUGUAAUUUUGUCUGUCACUACGACGAAUGAAAGAAUAUAUUUGUUAAAAAUCAAAAUCUUAUAAAUACUACAAAUAUACGUCACCAUUGAAACGUUAACAAUAGGGAAAGAUUAACAAGUGUGGGUUUAAAGCGUGGUCGUAAUAUACACGUUUACUGUGGUGAAAAAUAAUUUUCUCAAUUAAGUGAAGUUUUAGGGAACGUUGUGGUAGCAACAUAGAUUGAAGAUUUUAUUUUUCGUUUAAAUCUUUCGGACCACCUAUAGCCAUUCAUCACUGGCUGGAAUCCGUUUUAAAUAUUUAUUUAUGCACUCGUCUGUGGUAGUAAAAGUAUCAUUUCUCUCUGACAUGCGAAAAGACUUCUUGCUUGAAGAAAAUGUCCUCAGAAAUUUUAACAUGUCAACGAGUCCUCUCGAUCACCGUUUUCCUGGGAUUCAUGAUCCAUCACAUGCUCCGAGUCAACAUUUCAAUCGCAAUAGUUGAAAUGGUCUUCAGGAACUAUUCCAACGUCACUCAAGAAGACCACGGUCCUCGCUACCACUGGGACGAGGAGGAAAAGAACGACAUUUUAGGCUACUUCUUCUGGGGUUACGUUAUAACCCAAAUUCCCGGAGGAAGACUUUCCGAGAAACUAGGAGCGAAGAUAGUCGUAGGAACUGGUCUUCUGAGUGCCAGUAUUUUAACGUUGCUCACACCCGUAGCAGCCCAUAUGGGCUACCUUUGGCUCGUCGUGGCUAGAUUUUGUCUGGGUGUGUCCUUAGGGAUACACUGGCCUUCGACGCCCCCCAUUGCCACGAAAUGGAUAGCACCAGCUGACACUGCAACCUUCAUGUCCCAUAUGACCGCUAGUUCUCUGGGAGUCGCCGUCACGUUGCCCGUUUGUGGCUACUUGAUAGCUUACUGGGGCUGGGCUAGCGUUUUCUACGUCACGGGAAGCGUAGCUCUGACUUGGUCCCUGUGUUGGUUCUACUUGAUCUACGACUCACCUGAAGAACAUCCAAGGAUAAGCACCACCGAGAAGGAAAAACUUCGACUGGAGAUAAAACCUGUCAACACGUCACUGAAGAAACCUCCGAUUCCUUGGAUGAAAAUGUUGACUUCAGGUCCUGUGUGGUCGGUGAUAAUGGGCAACACUUGUGCUGGGUGCACGUUCUUCGUGGCUUUCAAUCAACUACCGACCUACAUGAGUCACGUGCUCCAUUUCAACAUCAAAGCGAACGGAUUGUUUUCCAGUUUGCCGUAUUUAGUUAGGUACUUCGUGUCGCUAGUCUCCUGCAUAACCGCCGACAAGCUCAAAAAAAACGAUAAAUUUUCGACCACGACGAUCCGCAAAUUUUUCAACGUUUCGUUCUUCGUGGGGGCUGGAUGUCUCUUCACGGCGCAAGCGUUUUGGGGCUACAGCGGGAUAGUCUCUGUUGUUGUUUUCACAGUAUCUUUGGGUUUAAUGGGUUUCGUUACGGCGGGAGUUUACACAAACCCUGUUGACAUAUCGCGUGCUUUCUCCGGGACGAUUCUCGGUGUGAGUCAAGUUCCUGGAGCCUUGGUAGGCUAUGUUACCACAGAAGUUGUGGCUUUUUUUACCAAGGAGAAGCAAGGGUUCGAGCAGUGGGCCUCCGUUUUCUGGAUGUUGGUAGGAGUGAAUGCUUUCGCGGCGGUUUUUUCUUUCAUUUUUACUUCUGGGGAGGAACAGAGCUGGAGUGUGAGCGCUGACGUAAAGGAGAUGGAGAAACUGGAAAGUCAAGACACUGUAGAGAAAUAAACGAUUAGAAUUA